UGUUCUGGCAAAAACGAAUCUGCUUCCCGUCCGUGGAGGGGCCUGGUCUGGGCGUGUCACACGCGUGGACUCACACCCCGUGGGGCCUUCUGUGUCUGGUUCCCUCCCUGCGCGUUGUGGGCUCGGGGUCCGUCCACACAGCGCCUGUCGGGGCUAUGGUUCUUUUUAAGGCUGACUAGCAAUCCGCUGUGUGGACAGAGCACCGCGUUCAUCCGCUGCAGACCUUUGGGCCACUGUGAGUCUCGCUGCCGUGGACGUUUGUGAACAAGUGUGUGUGGACGUGUGUUUCCAUUUCUCUCGGGCCGAGAGCCGGAGUGGGAUCCCUGGGUCCCGUGUUAACCGCGUUGGACCAUCUAAGGAACCGCCAGACUGUCUUCCACGGUGGCGACCUGUUGUCCGUGCCCCCCAGUGGUGCCGGGGGGCUCCAUCUCUCCCCUCCUCCCCGACCCCUGCUCUUGCCUUUCCGACGCAAGUCGUCCUGCCGGGGCCGUUGGGUCUGUGUCUCCCCGAUGACUCGCCACCUUGGGCAUCUUUGCGUGUGCCGCUCAGUCCUCUGGGUAUCGCCCUGGCAAGAGUGUCUUUCCUGGAGCUCUGUCUUUGGAAGGGACUUGGGGUCUACGGAAGCGGCCAGCAGAUGGCACGUGGGGUCCCCCGGGCCUUCCCACAGCUUCCCCUCGUGCUGGCUCUCGGCCCGGCUUCUUCGAUCGUGUGAGGAUUCUCGUCUGAAGUCCUUUCUGGGGGGAGGGUGCUAUUUGUGUCCAAGGUUUAGUUGUGAAUUAAUGCCUGACUCAGAGGAUGUGGCAGAGACGGGACCGAGGCCCCCGGACCCAUCACCGGCUCCCCCCACUGGCCUGUCUCGCAGCAGUGAUCGCCGCCAGCGCGUUGAUACAGACCCGGCCCGCCGUGAAGGCUUAAUAGCACGAUGCACUGGUGUGCGGGGGCUGGGCUCGCCACGGAGCGGGGUUCUCUCCCCGUGCUGGCGGGAGGCCCGAGAUCGCGGUAUCGACAGGGCUGAUUUCAUUCCGAAGUCUCAGUCUUUGGCGUCCGACAGCUGCCUUCGCCCCUGCCCUGUGUGUGUCUGUCUGUGUCCUAAUCCUCUCUUCUUUUUCUUCUUUUUAAAAAAGGUUUCAUUUAUUCGUUUUGAGAGGGAGAGAGAGAGCAUGAGUAGGGGGAGCGGCAGAAGGAGAAGCAGGCGCCCCGCUGAGCCAGGAGCCCGGUGCGGGGCUCCAUCCCAGGACCCAGGAUCAUGACCUGAGCUGAAGGCAGAGCCUUGACCCACUGAGCCCCCCCGGGCGCCCCCCAGUCCACUCUUCUUAUAAGGACACCAGUUUUAUGGGACCAGGGCCCAUUCCUAAAGACCUCAUUUUUACUUAAUUCCUCUUUACAAGCCAUAUCUUGAAAUACAGUCACCCUCUGAGGUCCUGGGGUUGGCACUUAGAGGUACGAAUUUGGAGGGGAUGCCGUGUCGCCCCGAACGACAGACGUGCAUUGGAGACGUUGCGUGUUUGGCUCUGGGCCACCCACGACAGAGCGAGUCACGUGCGUUGUUUGGUUUCCCAGCGCAUAUACGACUUCUGUUUACACUGUCCUGGAGUCCGUCCGUUGGGUGUGCAGUCACGUGACAUCCAAAAUACCACGUAUGUGCCCUAAGUUAAAAAUACCUUAUUGCCGAUCAACACAGGCCGGCAUCCGAGCUGUCCGUGAGUCAUCAUCGCCGAGCGCAGAUCGCGGUAAGGACUGUAGUAACGAGCUCGGGAGGCUGCCCCCGAGGCAUGGGGACAGGAAGCGGACAGCUGCCGUGGGGAGAGCGGCCCCCGGGCUUGCUGGGCGCGCGGUUGCCCCAGACCUCGGAGGCCCAGCCUGAGGAGGAAUCCCACGUUAGGUGUUCUUGCCUCACACGAUGAAAAAAAGUCAGUGACCCAAGAGAUGGACGCCGCUUCUGCUCUGUCAACGAGGGCACAGACUUUCCCCGAUUUCCCCAGGUGCCCCACCACCGUCUUCCUCGUGGCCCGGGGACCCCAUCCAGGGCCCCGCAGGACCUUUGGUGACCUCGCCUCGUCUUCUCGGGCUCCCCCAGUCUGUGGCCGUUUCUCACCCUUUCCUGGUCUUUCGUGACCUCGACGCUUUGGACGAGCACGGCCCGGUGUUCGCAGGCGGUCCCGUGGGUUGAGUUCGUCCGUGUAUUCUCGUAACGACACUGGGGUCACGGUUUGUGGGGACGGGGAUACCUGAUGUCCACGCCAUGUCGCUGGAGAUUCCAGCCUUGAUCGGUGGGGGAGGGGGCCGGGGUUCACCGGUUUCUCGGGUCGUGAGGUUUGGUGGGGGGGGGGGCUGGGGUUCACCGGUUUCUCGGGUCGUGAGGUUUGGUGGGGGGGGGCUGGGGUUCACCGGUUUCUCGGGUCGUGAGGUUUGGUGGGGGGGGCUGGGGUUCACCGGUUUCUCGGGUCGUGAGGUCACCGUGUCCUCCUAGACCCACGGCGUUUGCUGGGAGCAAGUCACUGAGUGACCCACACCGAGGGCGGGGGUUGGAGGGAGGCGAGGCCCCGCCUCCCGGAGGACGGGCAUGGACGGUUCACACGGGUGUUAAACCACGUGCUCAGAGGCAUGACCGACGUCCGCCUGUCCGUGGAGUCUCCCCAGGGACGGAGUGCGUGCGGAGUGUGACCGGUCUUGUCUGCAGGGAGGUGCUACUGGGGUGUUCCCGGGGUGAUUUUCUGCUAAUGGGGGACAGGGAGUUUUUUUUUGGAGUUUUCAUCCGGGAAUCCAGAUCGAGCCCCUCCCAAGUGUCCAGUCUAUGGCCCCCAUUCCUUCCUCGUGAGUCUGUGUGAGAAUUUCACCCUUACGCGUGUGUGACGUCACCCAGAGGGGUCAGGCCGCUCUCCUGUGGUGGGGGGGGACUCAGUGGGGACCGCUUCAGGAUGUCGUCACUGAGGGCCAGCGCUGGGCACUCAGCACGCUGGAAACCGCCUGUUCAGGCCCCGUGGCAGGGGGCAGGGACCUCCGGGUGGAACUGGGCUCUGUCCCUGACGCAGCGUGGCCGAGCGGGGGUUUGUGGCAAGGGAGCAGGAGGGGUCAGCGGGUGCGCAGUCACCAAGAGGACACAUCGGGGCGGGGGGCUCUGGCCAAACCGAAGUGAUGGGGCUGGUGGUGCAGACAGGCUAGGUGACCCCCUCACCCCCAACCCGGCUGGGGUUUGGAGAGACCGGCCAGCGCUCCAGGGGGAUCGGACACAGGGCAGGGGCUCCUGCUAAAACCGGGUGACGCAGAACCGAACUCAGAAGCCCAGACGCCACAGCCUGGUUGAAAGGAGGUCUCAGAGUGACCCAGCUUUGGUUGGGCCAUAUAUGCAGCAAUAUAUGUCGGGGAGAGAGUCCGGGGAGCCGAACGGGCUGUGGGACAGCUGACACGAAUCUGAGACAUGCCCGGGGCCCGGCGCCUGUGGGUGUCGGAACUGAGCCAUGCAGAGUUCGAGCCUGGGUGGUCCCGCCGGGUUGAAGAAGCUGAGGUCAUAUUGGAGUAGGUGGGCCUAAUCCAAGGACUUGGUGUCCUUUUAAGAAGAGGGACACAGAACCGAGAGACAGCCACGUGACCACAGAGGCAGAGACUGUGGGGACGUGGCCACAAGCCCAGGGCCAGCUGGCGUGCCCAGAACCUGGAGUAGGCAGGAAGGCCCCUCUUUGGGAGCUGUUGGAGGCGGCACAGCCCUGAGACCUUGAUCCAACUUGUGGUCGUAAUCCUUACAGUGUGUGGUCUUCUCUUUCACUAACCCCAGGACAUUGACACAGACUGCUUUGCAAUGGAAUGGGUGCAUUUCAUAAGCUUCCAAGACCUUUGGUCUCCCUGUCCAAGCGUGGGUUAAGAAGCUGUGAAGGCCCAUGGUCUCUGUCCUGGCUUCUGUUGACCACACUCUGUGCGGGGGGACACCUGCAGAGAUCCCCGGGUCCAGGAUUUGGAGGCUGGGGACCGACCUGGGCCUGGGCCUCACAUUCUCUUCUCCUCCCACAGCUCUGCGGGCUCUGGAAGCUGCUUUCCCAGGAGAAGAGAAUGGCUACGGGGUACCAGUCCCCCAGACCCCAGGCAGCAAGAAGCAAAGAACCUGUGUCCCACGGAGACUUUUCCCGUCUUCCCUGCCCGAGGUGAUCCACUGUGGAAUUACAGAGUCACUGUCUUGGGAGGAUGUGGCCGUGGACUUCUCCCGCGAGGAGUGGGCGAUGCUGGGUUCUGCGCAGAGACAGCUCUACAGAGAGGUGAUGCUGGACACCUGUGCCCACCUGGCCGCCCUGGGAGCGUUGAAGAACCAGAGUUCCGAUACAGGCACUGACGAUGGUGACAGCACACUUUCCCCAACACAAGCCUCUCAGGCCAUUAGUCCUUCCCCAGCGGUGGGGUGUCCACUCUUUCUACCAGUGGUGCCUUUCCACUGGGAACCAGGAGAAGCCGUGUGGAUGGGGGCACGAGGAACUCCCCAAACCUCCUGUUCAGAUUUGGAGACUAGUCUAGAAAGCCAAGAGUCAGUUUACAAGAAGGUGGUUUUGGAGGAAGAACCAGCCGGUGGCAUGGAUGCCAGAGAGCUCCCCAGAGAAGACUGGGACUGUGGUCAACUUGAGAAGAACCACGAGGACCCCCGCCAGCUUCUGAGGCAAAUGGCGUACGCCCAGGCGGAGGCAUUUCCUCCAAAGGAGGCCACUGCCUGGCAUGCGUUUGGGGAAACCUGUAGCACGAGCUCAGACCUUGCUUUAUCACAAGGAGGUUUGAGAGGAGGACAUUUCCGUGACCGUGACCUUGAUAUUGAGAGUUCGGUAGCCGAUCCAUUCUUAAAACAUCAUCGGGUGGGAUGUUCAGACCAGAGGCCCCGUGAAGGGAAUGAAUACAGAAAAGACAUCAGCCCAGACAGUCCCCUUGCUCAGCACGAAAGGACGGGAACUUGUGUGUACCCAGAAAGUAGGGAGUCAUUUAAUCGUAGUAUGGCUCUUACGACACACAACGUGGUGGGGAAACCCUAUGAAUGCUACCAGUGCGGGAAAAUGUUUAAUCGGAGGCAUUCCCUGAGUGAGCAUCAGAGAAUCCAUACUGGGGAGAGACCCUAUGAAUGUCAUCAGUGCGGGAGAGCCUUUACGCACAGCUCGACCCUCACGCGGCACCUGAGAACUCAUACUGGAGAGAAGCCCUACGCGUGCAGGGACUGUGGGAAAGCCUUCAACAGGGUUUCGUCUCUUACCCAGCACCAGAGGAUUCACACAGGGGAGAAGCCCUACAAAUGCAAGGACUGCGGAAAAUCCUUCUGCCAGAGUUCUUACCUGAUCUUGCACAAGCGAACGCAUACUGGAGAGAAGCCCUACGAGUGUAACGCGUGUGGAAAGGCCUUCAGUGAUCGCUCCUCGCUCAACCAACACGAGCGAACCCACACCGGUGAGAACCCCUAUGAAUGUCAUCAGUGCAGGAGAGCCUUCAGCCAGAGGUCUUCCCUCGUGAGGCACGAGAGAACUCACACUGGAGAGAAACCGUACAGCUGUCCCGAGUGUGGGAAAGCAUUCAGCCAGAGCUCCUCCCUCAUCACCCACCAGAAAACUCACACUAGUCAGAAAACCUACAAAAUAAUUGACUGCGGGAAAGCUUUCUAUCAGAGCAGCCGCCUUCUUGGAUUUUAGAGAACGCUUGGGGCUCUGUGAAGUGACUCGUACCGCUACGGAAGGGGGGUUGGCUUUUGCCCCUCUGAUGUUCCCCUUGAAAAGAAGCAGGUGUAGGUCACAUUCUUGAGGAGGAGCAGGGAGGUCCGGAUCUGAGAAGGGACCUUUACUGGGGAAAAUUAACACCGAGCCGUGCCCGGUGCCUGACGUUUUGGAGAGGACUGACGCUAACAGGCAGUGCGAUUUUGCUGCGAAUUGUCGCAUUGAUUCAGUUGUUGAAACUAAAGAUACUCUGUUUCAGCUUUUGUUUGAAAAUGAGUAUUUUUGUUUCAGUAUUUUACGUAGUCAUCCUGCCCCUGUUGGCCCCGCGGCUCAGUCCUACCUCGUUUCGUGCCCUGCUACGGCAAAGCAGAAUGUGCGCCAACACAGAAAGAGCUUCGGGUGCCAUGUGGAAAAUAAAGAGUGCAAAACGG